AAGAUAACAGAAUUACAACUCCUUUCUCCAUGAACAGGUCCCCAUGUGCAGCCCUAGCAAAUGUGCAACAGCAGCUCCAUCAGCCACUUCCUCCUGCUGGCGCUGGAAGACACGCGGCAGCUGCAGCUCCUGCACUUCUGCCUCUUGCUGGGUAUCUCCCUGGCUGCCCUCCUGGGCAACAGCCUCAUCAUCAGCGCCGUAGCCUGUGGCCACCACCUGCACAUGCCCAUGUUCUUCUUCCUGCUCAACCUGGCCCUCAGCGACCUGGGCUCCAUCUGCACCACUGUCCCCAAAGCCAUGCACAAUUCCCUCUGGGACACCAGGAACAUCUCCUACACUGGAUGUGCUGCACAGCUCUUUUUCUUUAUGUUCUUCAUGUCGGCAGAGUAUUUCCUCCUGACCAUCAUGUGCUACGACCGCUACGUGUCCAUCUGCAAACCCCUGCACUACGGGACCCUCCUGGGCAGCAGAGCUUGUGCCCACAUGGCAGCAGCUGCCUGGGCCAGUGCCUUUCUCAAUGCUCUCAUGCACACGGCCAAUACAUUUUCCCUGCCCCUGUGCCAUGGCAAUGCCCUGGGCCAGUUCUUCUGUGAAAUCCCACACAUCCUCAAACUCUCCUGCUCACAAUCCUGCCUCAGGGAACUUGGUCUUCUUGCUGUUACUGUCUUUUUGGUAUUUGGCUGUUUUGUGUUCAUUGUUUUCUCCUAUUUGCAGAUCUUCAGGGCUGUGCUGAGGAUCCCCUCUGAGCAGGGACGGCACAAAGCCUUUUCCACCUGCCUCCCUCACCUGGCCGUGGUCUCCCUCUUUGUCAGCACUGGCAUUUUUGCCUCCCUGAAGCCCCCCUCCAUGUCCUCCCCAUCCCUAGAUGUGGCAGUGACAGUUCUGUACUCGGUGGUGCCUCCAGCUCUGAACCCUCUCAUCUACAGCCUGAGGAACCAGGAGCUCAAGGCUGCAGUCUGGAGACUGAUGACUAGACAAUGUAAGAAACAUUAA